GCCUCAAGCCAUUGUUCUUUGUUUGCUGCAUUUCUUUGUUCUUUGUCUCUUUGUCUCUUUGUCUCUUUGUCUUCCCCUAAGCAUAUUUUAUAUAUGCCUUGUCGCCUCAGUCCCUUCAAGAAAACUACCAAAAUGCUUAUGGGGUUGUUCUGUUGCCCCAGUAUUUCACCUCCCCCAUAAUCUCCAAAAUUCACAAAACACAAGUUGACCUUUUUCAACACCUAACUUUGCAAUUCUGUUACAUCAACUUCUACUUUCAUACUUGCAUAGAGUGAGUGACCUUGCUCUAUGCUCACCUUGCAAUAAGGCUUUAUAUAAGCUUAUACUUCUACAAUCUCGAGGCAGGGUGUUUGUCCCCAUAAGAUCCCCAACGAUGUCAUACUACAUCUUCUUCUCCUCACAGUGCCAGGGCUCUGCCCCAGCUGUGUUCUACUACACCUGUCCCUGGACUGUUACUCCUGCUGCGAAGGAGCAGCUGGAGGUCAACUUUACUGCUGAAAUUGAAGGUCUCGGACUUGCUGCACGACUGAGCUAUGAUCAUGACAAGCACUUCUUCAAGAUCGACUGCCUCCCGGCAGAGAAGGCGAUGGUGUAUACUAGGUUUUCUCGUGUGAUUGACGCCUUCCUCAAGGAGCAGGUUGGGCCAACUGUUGCGAAAGAGAGCACUCUAGCCACCAAGAUCGGACCAAUUCCCUUAGGAGUACGUACUGAGAUCAAGGAAGCUGCAGAUGACGCCCUACUUAAGGGAUUCAUGAAGACAGAAUGGUCGUGCCCAAGGAUUGAGCAACUCGGUAGUCUCUUUAGUACUCAGCUGCUAGUGAAGAUUGGGCAACUCACUGAGUGUACUUUGACGUAUAACUCUGAGGCGAGGAUGAUUACAAUUGUCGGUCCCGACCAGGAGACUUGCCACCGUGCAAUCCUCAAACUCGAUAAAGUUCGAGACUACGAGGUCCCCCUCUUCAACAACCCUUUUCCCAACCAAACCCACCUCUUCUACGCCGAAGAGCACACCGAAUACGCUCCUGUCCCUACCCCUGUAAAGGUAAUCCACGCACUCGACCUCUACGAGAAUACCCUCCUCGACAUCUCCGCCUACCCACCCACACUCAACAGUCCCUACCUUGCCCUCUCCAAAUCUGCCGUCCUGCGCUGCGCCAUCUACAAUGAGAACCGACGCGGUCUCCGCCCUUUGCCAUUGCCAAAGAAACCGGACCCGGUGACUAAUGAGGCGCAGAAGGGGGGUGAGUAUAAGGUGUUUGCGAAGCAUAAGUUUGCUGGGAAGGGAGAUGUGGAUCCGUUGGUGGGAGUGAUUGAGGACGCGGAGCAGGUGGAUGGUGAAGAGGUGGAGGAGGAUAUUAAGCUUGAGAAGAAAGAGGAAAUUGUGGUUUGGGUUAGGGGUGUGAAGGAGGGUGAACCGGUGCCGGAGGAUGUACCAAUCGAGGAGAAGGGUUUGAUUUCUCCUGUCAAAGAAAAGGUCGGCGAGAGUAGUCGGGCUGCUGAGAGCGCUGGGAAAACUCUAAGUGUCGAUGCAAAGAAGCAAAAGGCUGGUGAGAGUAUUCGGGCUGCUGAGAGCACUGGGAAAACUUCCACUGGGGAUGCAAAGAAGCAAAAGGCUGGCGAGAACAGUCGGGUUGCCGAGAUCGCUGGGACAACCCCCAGUGGCGAUGCAAAGAAGCAAAAGGCUGGUGAGAAUGCCCGGGCUGGUGAGAUCGCUUGGACAACUUCCACCAGGGAUGCAAAGAAGCAGAACGCUAGUGUCUCCCCAGUCCAGGCUGCGACUGCCAUCGACACCAUGCCACCGGAGUUCAGACAUCUACCGCACCUCAGACGUCUAUUCGAACCCCUAGUUCGAGGCCCAGCUCCCCAACGCGCAGCUCCCCAACGCGGAUCCCUCCUCGACAUGGACAUCGAAGACAGCAUCUCUCUCACGCUGCAACCCCUUUCCCUCCUGCCCACCGCACUCGCUGCGCCAAUUGCACCAAGCUUACCAAUUGGGCCUGUCAAAGCACCCUCGGAGCCCCCCAAACCAACCACAGGUUCUCCACAACCACUCAUGGAAACCCUCCAAACCACCUCCGAACCCUCAACCCGCACCUACCACCACACCAUGAACCUCCGCGCCGCCCCAAACUCCAAAGGACACUGGGUUGGAAACACCUUCGUGCGUGCUGCUCCCCCGUCCUUCUUGAGCACCCACUUCAUCACCUCCCUCCACACCGCCACCGCGCCUAUCCUUCAGGCCCUUCGCGGCUGGCGUGGCAGCGCCAAACUCGAGGUGAAGAUCGGACGUAUCUGGAUCGCCCACGACGCGUUGCAGAUUUCUGAGUCUGAUGCCCGUGGAACGGCGGGUAUUGUGGAUAGGAAGAGAAUGGCGAGAUGGUUUGAGGGGGGACGUAGAGCCGAUAUGACUACACUUAUUACUGAGGAGGCGGGAGAUGUCGAGGCCAUUGUUGGGAUGAAGUUGUUUGAGCAGGAUGGUAAGUUUUGGGGAAAGACGCCGAAGUGGGGGAUUGAGUAUAUAUUCUCUUGUAUGGAUCCGAGAGAUGGAGGUGCUGGGGGAGAAGAUGGGAAGUUUGUGGUGACGGUUGAUGCGGAGACGUUUCGGUGGAAGUGUGAGACGGGGGAGACGUGUUUGGGGGAGACGUGGGUUCAUUGCCUUAAGCGCGUGUGGGAUUUCAAGGUUUGUGGUACGGGGAGACAGGAGGUUGAGGGUGAGUAUAAGGAGUGGGCGGAGGAGUUGGUUGAGGGCCUUUAUGUUCCACCCAACACAGACAUCACAAACCUAACCCUCUCCUUCACCCUCCCCGCCCCCCACGCCCUCUCCUUCCCCACCAUCCGCAUCGCCCGCAAAUGCACCUACACCAGCACCACCGGCACCAUCCUCCUCCACAUCACGGAAAUGCACGACCUCCUCGUCGAGCGCGUGGGCCGCAGUCCCUCCGGGCAAAUUGUCUACCGCGCCUCCGCGCGCCCCGGACGAGGAGAGACUCACCAAGAGUCCCGCUGGUUCGAGGUGAGCCUUAGUGGAAAGGGAUGGGAGGGGAUGCUUGGCGAAGAGAUCGAGGCUGGGGGGGAGAGGAAGCAUUGGGGAGAGGAAUUGAAGAGUGGGGUGGAGGAGGUGGUUAGGACGGCGGCGGCGGUGGUGAAGGGGAUGGAGGGGGUGGGGGGGUGGAAUAGUAACCCGUUUGGGGAGGUGUUGAGGGGGGAGGAAAGGAGGAAGAGGGAGGAGAAGAAGACUGCUGCGGCUAAGGUGGAAAAGGGGGUUGCUUGGUAGGAUGGUAGUGGGGUUGGCUGGAGGGAUCUGUCUAAUGCUUCUUAUAGAGGCUUAUGGUGUCUUGUCUUCUCACACAGAGGCCCAUGCUGUCUUGUCUUCCUACAGAGGCUCAUGCUGUCUCAUGUGAUGAUGGAAGGCUGUCCAUGAAACUACUUCAUGUGUAAACUAGCCAAGAGAAUAAGAAUACACGUGAUAUAUCAG